ACCCUGAAGGCGCCAUAACCUUUUACCCGCAAUAUUUCCGACAGUCACGCGGUCAGGUUAACGGAACGUGACUGACCCCAUGGACUGACACUUUGGACUGACCGUAUGGACAGACACUAUGGACUGACCGCUCGCUGCUCGGUGGGCCGCUGCCGCCGUUCACGGGAUCCGUUAACCGGUUACAGGAAUCGCUAACCGCUAACAGCUAACCGCUAACAGCUAAUCGCUAACCGCUAACAGCUAAUCGCUAACAGCUAACAGCUAACCGCUAACCGCUAACAGGACAUGGAGGAGUUCCUGUCGAGCUGCCGCCGAGCCGCCGUGCAGGUGAACCCGGAGCAGCCUGGUCCACAAUUCCACGUGGUUCUGGGGAACGAGGCCUGCGAUGUGGACUCCAUGGUGUCCGCCCUGGUCUACGCCUACUUCCUGUCCAAGACUGUGCACAGUGAGAUGUUCGCCCUCCCUCUGAUGAACAUCCGUCAGUCGGAGCUGCUGCUGCGUUCAGACAACGUCUUCCUGCUGCGACAGAGCGGCUUGUCUCCAGACCUGCUGCUGUUCAGGGACCAGCUGGAUCUACGAGCGCUGCACCGCCACGGUCGUCUGCAGCUGACGCUGGUCGACCACAACGUCCUGCCCAGUGCAGACAGUGUCCUGGAGGGGGCUGUGGUGGAGGUGAUCGACCAUCACAUGUUGGAGAGAGAGCCUUCACCCUCCUGUCCUGUUACCGUGGAGACAGUGGGAUCCUGCGCUACCUUGGUAACUGAAUGCAUCGUCCACAAAGCUCCACAGAUCCUGGACCAGCAGCUCGCCCAGCUGCUCUACGCGGCGGUGGUGUUGGACUGUGUCAACAUGGCUCCUGCUGCAGGGAAAGUGACUCCCAAAGACAGUCAGUACGCCGCCAUGUUGGAGAGCAGUUUCCCCUCGCUGCCCCCAAGGGGCACUCUGUUCCAGAUGCUGCAGAAUGCCAAGUUCGACGUGUCAGGUCUGAACACUGAACAGAUGUUGUUGAAGGACAUGAAAGCUGUUUCAGGAAGUUUGAACGUUGCUGUUUCUGUUCUUUACAUCACACUGGAGGAGUUCCUGCAGAGGGCGGAGUUAGAGGCGGAGCUCUCAGGUUUCUGUCAGAGGUUUGGAUUUGAUUUGCUGCUGCUUAUGACCAUCUUCUUCACUGAGAGCAAAGAGCCAAUCAGAGAGCUUGCUGUGUUCAGCCACAGCACCACCUGCAGGGAACAGGUGAGCCAACACCUGGAACAGGCCCGUAGCCCCGCCCUCAACCUCCAUCCAAUCAGCAACCCCCAUCCUCACAUUGCAGCCUAUCAACAAGGAAACACGUUGGCGUCUCGUAAAAAGCUCCUCCCCCUUGUCAAAGACUUCCUGAAGGACGCAGACGGUCUCCUGGGAGACGGGGAGGAGGCGGAGUCUGGGGUCCCUCCCACGCCGAUGAACAGUCUGGUGGAGGGCUGUCCCCUGAACGACGGCCUGCCGUACAUCAGCGCCCAGGACCUGGUAGAGAAGGUCAUCAAGAUGGUCGACAGAGGAGGGAACUGACCUCUGACCUCUGUCCUGUCAGACGGACAGAACCUCAGAUGAGUUUGUUUAUGAUUCGAUCUGAACAGAACCGGUGUGAAACACAGGAUGACCUUUGACCUGCUGCAGAAACAUCAUUAUUUAAUUAAUCAAUUAAUCAAUCGCCAGCAACUUUGAUCAUCAUUUAAUCAUCAAAAUCACAUUUCAAGCCAAAUGUUGAAACGCGUCUGGUUCCAUAUCCUCACGUCUGAAUGUGACAGUGAAGGCAGCGUCAGAGUCAUUUAUUAUUGAUUCACGAGCAGAUGUAUUGAUGAUGACAGUGAUCCCUGCAGCUUCCCAGUGAAACCACUCUGACGGUUGCUAACCAGCUAGCCCCGGCCCGUGUGCUCAGGUGUUCUAGCCUUCUGUCGUUGUUGAGACGUCACCUGCUCGAAACAAACUGUCUCUGGACAAGUUGGAAGACGGAGGAUGACGAGAGUUGGACAAAGUUGAAGCAAAUGAAAAAUCAAGAUGUGGACCCAGUCGACACGUCGCGUCAACAUGAGACAUUUGGGAGCGUGGAAACUUCCGCUCUCAGCAGCAGUGACCUGUGAUGUCACGUUCCCCUCUCUGCUGCCCCCCUCUGGCCCUCAGCAGAGUGAGCGCUCGUCGCCGCUGCUCUCUGGUGCAACAUCGUCCCGUCUGCUGCUGUGGACAAGAAGAGUCUGAGACACUUAGACGUCCUAUAGUUCAGCUCCGUCUUUAGCAGAAUUAGCUGCGUGAGCUGGUCACGUUUACUGUGAGGUCCAUAAAGUUUAGUUUGAUCGUCAGUGAUUCUGAUAAAACUGUCUGUCCACUGUCUGGAUCUGAAUAAAGAUUAUACAAACCA